AUGCUCCUUCCAUCUCUCCUACCAUUCGCUAUCCUUGCAGUCGCAGUCUCCAUCCCCGAGCCUCUACCCAUCUUCGGACCCUUCUGCGGUACUCCCGCUCCCGUCUACGCCAAUGGCACAAAAGCCGCAAACUGGACCGACUACAUCGCCUCGUUCGAGACUCUACCUAGUCCAGGCGGCCAAGGCAUCACCGACGCAUGGGGAAAUGACGGAGGCCCCAUCCCCUGGCCACGCACCGGCACCCACCAAGCCGUAAUCCCCUACUGCUUUACACAGGAAUGGGAUCGCAGAUACAUCCGAAACAUAGUCGAGAAUGGUAUGGCCAAGUGGAUCGAACAUCUCGGCGGCCCAGCGAGCGAGGAAGCCCGACACGCCAUCAGCUUCCAAGAGCGCAAAGACACGCAGGGAAAACCAUUGUACUGCGGACAACCCAACAACCGCGAUGCCUGGAACCCAAACGUGCCACACGACACUGUUGCUUUCGAGUACAGCGACGACAGAGCCUGGGGCGCUAGCAUGGCACACGAGCACAACCGCGCUGACCGCGACACAUGGGUGAAAAUCGACUUCCGCCACCUCGUCGACUGGCCCGCGUGCUGGGCGCGCGCCCGCUCGCAAGAAGGCCUCGCCAUCACGCCCACAGACGUGUGCACAUCGAUGCCGCGGGCCCUCAAGUACGGCUGCUCGUGCUCGGGCUUCAUCAAGAACCACGUCGAGCCCGGCUGGACCAUCAAUUCCCACAGCUACUACGAUCUCGCCAGCAUCAUGCACUAUGCUAGUGUCACGGGAUACUCAAAUACAAAGUGCAUUGAGGAGGGCGAAGACUGCCCCGUCAUGGCAUAUGUGGAUGCCGAACGGCAUGAGCUGGGGACGAGGUUACUCGAGCAGGUCAGGAAACCGAGUUCUAAGGAUUUGGUGUGGGUCAAGAAGACGUAUCCGUGGAAGGAGGAGGAGUGAUAGUAGAUGUCUGUGGGAAUCUACUGAAAAGCAAACAACCCACUGUAAGGCAAUACUUACGUGUUUACUACACCUAUCACUUCGAUAGACAAAUC